UAUUAAAUUGAUUCUGUUGGUGCCAGUGUGGCACUAAAAGUUACUCCGUUGUAUAUUCCAAAGUAUUCACGUGUCAAAGCGCACACAUCGACGUAAGAGUCAGAGUGUAGUGUAUACACCUGUUUAUAGCACAAGAACGUCAUAUUCUAGUACACGUACAGUGACUAAAAUAGUGUUUAAAUUAUUUAUUAAUUUAUUUCAAAUCUUAUUGAAGCAAUUUUGACAAACAAAAAAUAAAGAUGGCACCAAAACAAAGAAUGCGUAUCGCUAAUGAAAGAGCUACAAAAAAUAUUACACUUCGUGGAAAUGUUCCAAAGUCAUCGAAGCCACAAGAUGAAGGAUCUCCUGUUGGACCUUGUUUAUUAGCACUUUUUCUCUUUGUUGUAUGUGGUUCUGCUGUAUUCCAAAUAAUUCAAAGUAUUAGAAUGGUUGGUAGCUUUUGGUUGUCUAUAUUUUUAGAGAUAUAUACAUAUACGUAUAUUACGUAUAAUAUGAUAUUUUAUUUUUUACCUAAAAAAGGUUUUAGUAAUUUAAGAUUUCAAUGUGACCAAUUUUCCCUAGUUUUGUUUAGAGAGCAGUUCAUAUUAAACGGAAAGCUAAUAGAAACCGAAACGUUAUUAAAUUAUUUUUCUAUCUUACAAAAUAUUUUUUUUAUUAUUUUAAUAUUAUUUUUCGUUAAAAUUUUUAUUAUGGCUAAUAUAUUUAAUUUAUUUGGUGAAAUAUCAGAAUUUCACAAAGAUUCAACUACAAAACCUUUAGCAAGAUCAAAAACAUGUCUUGGUAUAAAUGGUUCUUUAAAGAAUGUUGGUCAAUCAAAACCAAAAGGAUUAUCAAUUAGAUCUAGUUCUGAUUUAAAUGUACCUGAAACUGUGCAAAUUACUUUCAACAAACAACAAGAAUUGUUAAAGCCAAAACUAACACAAUUAGAUAAUGACCAUCAACUAAUAUCACCUAGGAAAAAUAUUUUAUCAGAAAAACUAAAUGCAUUUUCUAUAAAAAAAAAAGAUAUAUCUCCAAAAAAAGAACUUGAUAUAAAACAUGUAAAAUCAUCUUUAUUAUAUAAUGAAAGUAUUUUUAAAAAGCCAUUACUUUUAAAAAAUCAUGUUAAAAAAUUAUAUCCUGAACCAGAAAAUCUAGCACCACAUUAUGAUAUGCAAUUUGAAUAUGAUGAUAUUUAUACUAAAGAUAUAGAAAAUGAAUUUAAAGAAUUAUUUAAAAAAAAGAGAAAUGAAAUAGUACCUUAUGAAGAUGAUUUUGAAUUAGAUCAAGGGCAAAUUAAGUUUGAAAUACCAAAAUUAUGUAUAUCACCUAUAUUUGAUGAAGAGUGGAUACAAUAUAAGAUUCCUGAUUUACCAGAAAUAUCUGAUGAAUUUUAAACAUGAAAUAUAAUUAAUUUUAAAAAUAUAAAAAUAUUCAUUUAGC